AUCUUAAUCAAACAGUUCACAAUUUAACUUUGGAUUUGAAAUCUUAAAACAAACUUAAAAUCUAAACCGUUAAUCUCAAUUAACGGUCCAGACAUACUAAGUGUAACUGCAGUGAAGCAAGUGCCGAGUGCAGCGAAUCUAGUUCCCAAGUUUCUUUGUCCAACACUUGGCUUUCACUAACUCACACAACCACAUGAACAACAACACAACACAAUUUGUGCUCUCACUUUUUCAACUACAACCACUACCACUUCUAAAAAAAAAUAAAAAAUAAACACUCUUUUAUAACAACACAAACCAAAAAAAAAAAAUCAUAAACCCAAAUAUUCCAAAAAUAAACUUCAAGUGUUUUUUUACUCUUUUUGAUGGACCCUAAUAAGUUCAUCGGAAAGCCACCAACGAUAAUUGACCUAGAACGUAUGCCGGAGCGUGGGUCCCACCACCGGAGAUCUCACUCCGACACUUCCUUCCGUUUCGCCGCCACCUUCGACGACAUUCUCCUCUUCGACCCUUCCGACUUCGACAUCUCCAAUCUCCCUCUUCCGUCUCCCGUCUCCGGCGCCGUUCCGAUGAGCGUCGAUUCCGAUGAGUCCAACGGGAAGUCAACGUCGGCGCGUCAGUCUGUCGGACACCUCCGGAGUUUGUCUGUUGACUCUGACUUUUUUGAUGGAUUAGGGUUCUCCGGCGCCGGUGAGGAGAAAAUUGGGGAGAGGAAGGUGAACCGUCAUAGGCAUAGUAAUUCGAUGGAUGGGUCUUCGACGACGUCGUUUGAUGGUGACUCGGGUAUGGUGAUCAUUGACGGUGUGAAGAAAUCCAUGCCACCUGAGAAACUUGCUGAACUUGCUCUUAUUGAUCCUAAGAGAGCUAAAAGGAUUCUUGCUAAUAGGCAAUCUGCUGCUCGAUCGAAGGAGAGGAAAACUCGGUAUACAAGUGAACUGGAGAGGAAGGUGCAGACACUUCAAACUGAAGCAACUAACCUAUCUGCGCAACUUACCAUCCUUCAGAGAGACACUACUGAUUUGUCUGCUCAGAAUAAGGAGCUCAAAAUGAAGUUAGAGGCUUUUGAACAACAAGCACAACUUAGAGAAGAUCUCAACGAGGCAUUGAAAAAAGAACUGCAACGCCUUCGGGCGCAAAAGAGUCAAUUGACUGCUGUCACUAGUAAUCCUUCUUAUGGCGGCAUCUUCUCACAAUUCGCUACCCAAUUAACCAUGCAACAGACAAGUAAUCCUCAUCCCCAACAAGCACAACCCGGCAUGCCGCCUUCUCGUUCCGAUCAACCUUUCAAUUUGCACGGCCGCCCUAACUUCAUGGACUUCAAUCACCAGAAGUAGCUCAUAUAUACCAUCAAAGUAAAUGAUUUGGUUACACAAUAUAUCAUUUAUCACACAAAAGUAACAUGUUGUAUAUAUAUAUAUAUGUAUGUAUAUGUAUAUGUAUAUGCAUAUGCAUGUAUUACAUAUGAGGCUUGUGAAGGGUAUCAUUGUCCUUAGUCCUAUGUUGUUAUUUUUAUGAUCUAUUAUAUACUUUCUGCAGUUCUAGGUUAGAAACACAGCCUUUGAAAUGUAUGCGUUACAGUUCUUUGGUGGAAACACAUUUAACAUAAAGAUGUAGAAGUUCUAGUUGAUAUUGAUAAUAGAUUGUGGUUAUGGAACCACAUAACAUGUUGUAAAUGUUUGAAGUUGAAGCUUCUUCAUUGUCCAAUGAUAAUAUAUAUUUUUUUUCAAUA